AACUAUCGUCUGUCAGCAGUUCGCCAACUAAACCAUAAAACUCACAAGAAACUAUCGGACUUUUACAAAUUAGGACUUAAAGUUUCCCCAUGAGCAGAGCGAGCAAAGGAGUCCACCAGCAUCAUACAAGGAUUGAAGAACAAACACAGCCGAGUGCAGUUCCUGAUGAAGAGCUGAGAAGGAAAAGCAUGAAGAAGUCACAGCCCCCAGACUCAUCAGCAUCUGGUGGAACAACACAUGCUCCCCCACCAGCUGAACCUCUCCCCACGCACGUGACACACGAGGAGGAAGAGCCGAGCGAGGAGGAGGAUGUUGAGGAUGAAGACCUCAAGGCUCCAGUGGAGCUGAAAAUAGAGUUCCUCAGAGCUCUAAAGGAGGAGGACCUUCAACGGGCCAGUAAACUAUGUCAGAUGAUCCUCGUCUAUGAACCAGACAAUCCUGUGGCCUCAGAGUUUCUCCUGCUGAUCCAGAAAGAGCUAGAAGAGCAAGAGGAAGAGCAGAGCAGCGAGGAGGAUGAAGAGGAUGAAGAAGAAGAAGAUGAAGAAGAUGAUGAUGAUGACGACGACGACGAUGACGAUGAUGACGACGACGAAGAAGAUGAUGACUCUGACUACGAUGAAGAAUCAUUCUGUGGCUCUAGCAGCUCCUCUUCAUCUUGCUCCUCUUCUUCGCCAUCAGAGGAUGAGGAGGAAGAAGAGAAGCAGGUGAACAGACACAAGCCGUGCCCUCCUUCUCACAUUUCCCCAUAAAACUAUUGUUACGGUCCAGCAGGGGCUGCGUUCGACACUGUUAACCUGAGAUCUUCCAGAAUAUUAUCUUGUUACCGUUGAAAUAUUGUAUUUAUUUUAACCCACGAUGCUACUGUACACAGUCACAGUGCAUUUUGUAGACGGUGUGACAACUAUACAUUCUGCUAUAUUUUACCUGCAAAUAAAAUAUUUAUUGU